AUGAAGCUCGCCAGCCUACUUUCUGUCACCGCUCUUGCGUUGGGUGCAUUCGCUGCCGACUCGGACGCCGACUCCUUUGCGAGGGGUGGCAACAAAUGUCGUCAGCCUGCCAAACGCAAGGAAUGGAGGACCAUUUCUCGCAAGGACAGGAAGGCAUUCAUAGAUGCUGUCAAGUGUCUUCAAAAGCCAUACGAAUACGGAAAGACGAGUGACCUUUCACCUAAAGGGGAUACCCCAGGCAUACCAGCCUACAACUCGAAGUCCUCAUACUUUGACGAUCUUGUAUACGCACACAUGGAUUCUAACAACAAGGAUCACUUUACAGCGCCGCUCGAAGUAUUUUUACCCUGGCACAGGUGGUACUUGCAUACUUUCCACGAUGCUUUGAAGCAGCGAUGUGGAUACAAGGGCGUGUUGCCGUACUGGAAUUGGUCCUUAGACGUGGCCAAUAUGACUUCCGCUCCAGUAUUUGAUGCUGAUCCCGAAACCGGGCUGGGAACGUUUGGGACGCCAUUGACCGAUGGUGCAUUCAAGAAUUCCUAUCGAGCGUACCCUACACCGCAUGUCAUCAAUCGCACCUAUACCCCUUACCCAUUCAGAACCGAUACCUUCCCGUUCAACUUUCCUGAUCGUGAGCUGGCCGCGCCCAAUGUUCUCGCACCAGACAACAUCAACGCAAUAAUCAAUGGCUCUGUGGGGAACUAUACAGAUUUUGCUUUUAAGAUUGAUGGAGUGCGCGCACAAGGUCCACACAACGCCGCCCACUUGAUGAUGCCCGGUGAUAUUUCGCAUCCGUUAUGGUCGCCAAAUGAUGCGUUAUUCUACUUGCAUCAUGCAAACAUUGACUGCAUUUGGGCAAAGUGGCAGAGUGCGAACAAGAAGAACAAGGGAGCCUAUGGAGGAGGGCUGACACAGGAUCUCGCUAAUUUCGAUACAUACCCUGUUGGCGCUCCUCCUGCCGCAGAAAAGUCGAAUGAGCUACCCACCGUGGGAUUGACCCGUCCAGUAAAGAUCUCGGAGGUCUUUGAAACGGCCAGCGACUAUCUAUGCUACGUAUGCGAGGAGUAG